AUGACAUCCAUGGCUCCCUCGUCACUCGGCAUCGCGGGUCAUGAAGGAGCGGGAGUAGUUGUGGCUGUCGGCGAUGAUGUUUCUGCCAUUUGGAAAGUUGGCGAUCGGGCUGCGGUGCAGUGGGUUGGUUCAACCUGCGGCGUCUGCGAGAUGUGCACCAACGGCUUGGAUGAGGUUCAUUGCCCAAAAGCCGUCCACCAUGCCGUCGAUUUAGCGGGCACCUUUCAGGAGUACUGUGUCGCUGAUGGGCGUUACACUAACAAGAUACCAGACGGUGUCAAGGAUGAAGAUGCUGGUCCAAUCAUGUGCGGAGGCUUCUCGGCGUACGCGGCUUGUAAGCGUGCUGCUGUCAAGCCUGGAGAGUGGCUUAUCAUCCUCGGUGCGGGUGGAGGUGUAGGACAUUUUGCGCUGCAGUAUGCAAAAGCCAUGGGAAUCAAGGUAAUCGCUGUUGACAAGGGGAGGGAAAAAGAAGAAACAUGUCGCAGAUUAGGAGCCGACACCUUUAUUGAUUCUUCCAGUGAUGUCGUGGCCGAGGUAACGAGAAUCACUACCUAUGGGGCCCACGGGGUUCUGCUGGCCACCCCCUCGAAGGAGGCAUAUGAUAUCACGCCACAUACUCUAAGGUCACAUGCUCUACAGGCACUUGGCAUUCCAAACCAUCCCGCUGUUAUGGCUGGAACGAUGGCUGCGCUGGUCGUCGGGAAGAGGUUAAACAUUGUUGGGAGUCUUGUUGGCACCAAAAGGGAAGCCGAUGAAGCACUUGACUUUGUAACGAGGGGAUUGAUCCAUCCGAUUUUAACUAAGGGGACUUUGCAUGACAUUGAUAAAUUCUAUGAUAUGCUUCAGGAGGGCAGUCUCCUGGGACGAGCUGUGAUUAAGGUUUCUUCUUAG